AUUAUUGGUACACUUUCGUUUCUAUCUUUGUUGAUUUCGUUUUUUUAUUCCUAAACCGUGUUUCAGAUCUUUAUUUUACAAUGUCAUACGAAGGAAAAGGAUCAGGCGAAAAUUCGACGAAAAGACACUCAUUUGGAUUAUUUUUCAACCAACGAAUUCCUGAGUCCCCUUUAACAUCAAGACUACACAACUUUUAUUCAAGUCCUUUUGGGGGAAAUCAGCAAAGAGCUUUCAAUAAUGUGUUUUAUGAACCAUUUGCCAACCAAGCAGCUCAAAAUGAAUCUUCGGAAGCUGAAUAUAGUAAAGAAGAUUCUUCAAGCAUCGGUUUGAUGACCCAACCACUAAGUUCUAGAGAAAAAGUUAAUGAAAAGAUUUCUGAAACUAUGGGAACCUUAGACACUUCAGCUGCACAUGCAUUUACAAGAAAUAGCAAUGUACCAAUAUUUGAGGAUGUUAUUGUUCCACAAAGAAUCACAGUGCCUGAAGUGAAAUAUGAGCCCAGUACACCUAUAUUCAAGGCAGAUGAUUUCAGCAAAGAACUAGGCAGACCUCACAAAUCAUCUUUCAAUUCAGGAAGCUCAGGAGAUGAAUCAGUUGUUGCACAAUCACGAUGUUCCAUGUGUGAUGGCUGUAGCUCAAGUCCUUGCGCAUCGCACUAUGCAUGCACACAGACAAGUUUUGCAGACUCUGAAUUCAGCGAUUAUCAUUCUCUAAAAUGGGAUGACCACAAUUUCCAAGGAGAUGAAACCGUUGAUAGUUUGUUAAAUGACUUCAUUGAAAUUUCUCAUGAAAGACCUGGGCAAAAGUUCCUGCAGACUGAGGUGUCAACAUCAGGUCAACAUCUCAUAUUCCUACUAAUAAGGAUCUUACUGGUUAGAUAUAAGCAAAUUGUGGAGGAAGCCAAAGAACACAAGACUAUUGCCAAAUCACAGAAGAAAACAAUUGUCUGUUUGGUACAAAGUGUGCUGCUUCUUGUUAAGAGAAAUCAAGACACCGAGAAUAGGCUAGAAAGAUUGCGAAGGGAGCUAACUCAGAUGAGGAUACAGCAGACAAUGUUUGAGAAGCAGCAGAGAAAGAUGUACCUUUGUCUGUCUCUGGUUCUCGGCUUUCACUUCCUAAGUCUACCUCCAGUGAAAUCAAGAUUAUCUUCACUAUUAAAUGUGUUUGGUUUUGUCAAAUCUGCAAAGAAAAUGAAUAGUUUUCGUCAAUCAGUGGGUCAAAACUGGAGAAACAUUCCGUCUCUACUGACUGAAUUUUUGCGACUCUUCAUAUUUCGAUCACAGCUGAAAACGCGGACAAGCUAGUUCCACUUUUUUUAAGUCCAACAUUCAACAGUAUUAAUUAUCUUCUGUUGACUGCUGUGUUAACAUUGCUCUUGCUCGUAUGCUUAUGAGACUUUGACUUUAUUUUGUUUCCAACUCACCUGACGGACUCAUAUAAAUUCCAGCGACCCAGAAAGUUUUUAAACCUCUCUGAUGUGUAUUUUUAGCUAGACUAUUCGAAGAAUAAGAAAGGUAUACUUCUGGCCCUGGCGUUGGCUCUCGGUUUAAGUUUUAGGGCAAGCUGGCAUUUUCCCUUAUAACUCCAAUUAAGGUAAGACAGAGUGGCGUAUAGUCAAGAACCCUGGCCUACAACAGCCCUUGUUUAUUUAAUUAUGGCAAUAAUGGUAAGAAAGUUAAAACAACAACAAAACACCAACCUACCCACCCUUAAAGCUACACGUUCACAGAUUUACCAUUUUUACAACUUUUUUUAUUUUUGUCUUUGAAAGGGCAAAUUUUUGCGUAAAUAUCUGCAAUCCAAUAAUAUAAGACUGCUGACAAAAGAUCAGAUCGCAGAUUUUCAUAUUUCCAUUCGAAAAUUAAUGUUUUAUGGCUAACGGUUUAAGAAAAAUGCAUAAAACGUCAAUUUUUUUACUUAAAUAUAAAAAUCUGUGAUCUAAUUUUUGUCAGCAGUCUUAUAUAACUGGUUUCCAUGGAUUGUCGCAAAAAUUGGCUCGUUUCAAGACAAAAAAUAAAAAAGUUGUCAAAACGUUUAAUCUGUGAGAGUGCAGCUUUAAGGGUAUUGGUUAGGUUAUAGGCCAAACAAUCUCUUAUUAACUGUGGAUCAAUUGGAUUGAUGCUGUUCCAGUUUAUACUUAAAACACAUGGUAUACAUUUGUUCAGAAGACCACGAAUCUAUUGGCUGUUCGAUAAAGAUUGAUUGUGGUCGUAAAUUGAAAUGAUCUUAUUCUCAUAGUACAUUUUUGAGUGAAUUGAAUUGCCCGUAAUAAAAAUGAACACAAAGUAAAUAAAAAAAAUUAUCAAAUCUCUCACCAAUUUUGAUUUUAAUGCAGAUCAUUUAAGAUUUGAAGGACUACAAUCCUGAUUGAUAAAGGCUCCUAGAUUGUAAAUCUUAAGACCCUUGUAUGGUGACAACUAAAAAGGAAUAUUUAGACCAUGCAUCACUUGCAUUUACGAUUCAGACAGGUUAUUGACUGUUAUGGUUAUACUUCUUAUUAGUAUCACACCACAUUGAUUGUUUUAAGUGUUAUUAUGUCUACUUGACAUUGAUGUCAUUUUGGACUACUUUGAGUUUAGGAUGAACAUUUUACAGAAAAAUAUCUUGUAGAAAUUGUAACCACAUCCCCCCCCCCCCCAUCAUCUUCUUUUCUCUAGUUUUUUGUCAGAUUUUUUUAUUCCAGUUCAGGUACUGAUUAUACACUUAUAUUUAUACCUGGUAUCACAUAGUUUACAGAGUCUAUAGUCAUCCUAGCUCUUUUUUUCCAGUUCGGUUUUUUAUUACAUUAUACAUAAAAAAAAUUGUCCUGGCCCAAAUUUCUCGAAACUUCUUAAUCCUCUUAUUAUAACAAGAUUAUCAAUUGAUUUCUAUGGCAAACCCAAUAACUGCCUGGUCACGACAUUUGUUUAUUUGGAAUUAAGGCUGAUUUUAGAUUUAAUUUUCUUUCUGAAAUAUCUAUACACUGUGAACUGAACAAUAUAAUAUGUCUAGGGAUCAAAAGCAUUACAAAAUGGCCACAAUUUGGUGGACCCACUAUAUUUAUUUUGAGAAUGCAUUAUUGUUCCAUUGUUUUAAAUGUUUGUUAUAAACAAACACUAUGUAAAUUGCUAAGAAAUUAUCACAUUAUCCCAUGUUCUUCUUGUAUAACAAUAUUCUACUGUAAAAAAAAUAGGUGUUGAAGGAAAACAUACUGUGAAAGACGCCAGACCUUUUGCUAAGAUGUCAAUGACGUAAGCUUCUUGCGAAACUUAAAUAAUAUGCAAGCAACAGUCAUAUAUAAGCACGUAGGAACUGAGUCAGUUUUUAUAUCGUAGAUGAUGUGGGACAUACCAUUUCAAUUAAACAGUUAAAGUUGCACUCUUAAUAAAUAAGAUGUACCACAAUUAAUUCAAUUGUUAUAAUUUACCGAAAAGGUUGAAAAAAUAUUGAAAACAAUGGUUCUUUAUAAUGAAGGAUACCCUGUUAAAUUUGAAGGAAAGGUGCAGAUAACACAGUAUUUCUACCUUAUGAGAUGAUAGUUCAGGCGGGUCGCUGCCUAUAUGGGAGCACGUGGCUGAAUCCACAUGAUUAUGACAAAAAAAUGAAAUAAAUCAGCCAAAGUUGCAGUAUGUGUACUUGAUUACAUGAUCCUAAAACUGUCCAAUUUCCAGUACUAAAUAAAGCACCUCAUAAAGCCCAGAUUGCACCAUAGUUUUCAAAAUUUUCUGAAAGGGCAUGCCCACUAACACCCCCAGCACAAUUAUGAAUCCACAUGAAUAGACGGCUAGCUAUGCCCCUGUAGUUGAUCACUUUAAAUUUUUUAGGACUCACCAGUCAUUUAAUAUAUGUGUUUCCAGCUGUUAAAUACACUGUUACCCUCUUGUUAUCAGUUAUUAAUAUUUUCCAUAAAUACAUUACUUAGUUAGUAGUUAAAGUUUUAUCGCUCAAAAUUCAUGUUUGUUAUACAUGUGUAUGUAAUGAUUUUAAAUAUGAGUGUCAUAAAUGCAUUAUUAUUAUGAAGAAGACAACAUUUAGUAUAAUACCAUUAUUGUUAUGAAAAUAGUAUCUCUGUAAUUAUUUGAAUGCUGAUCGACUGUGGGGCAGUAUGUCAUAAAACAUCUUAAUUUAUUUCUUAAAACAAGUCCAAAUUAUUUUCAUAGUCAAAUUAAAACAAAGGAAUAUGUGUUUUUUACAUUAAACUAUGUAUUUUCAAUAAAAUAAAUGAAAAUAAAGAAUUUCAGAUAUUAUGACGCAAUUGUAUCAUAUGAUAUGCAAAUUACUUAACUUAAGAAAAUGACAUAAGAUAGGCAAUGACUUAAGAUGAUAUAUGAAUAUCAGCUGGCUGCUGUACUUCACUCUUUAUUCACUGAGGUCAGUGUGUAUGUAUUACCACGUGAAAUUUUUUGUCAUAAAUGCUUCGUCAGAAGGCAAUAUUUUGCUUUAAAUAAGACGUUGAACAAAGAAAACUUGAGUAUUUAUUCAUCAUAUGAAAUUAAACAUGGCGAAGUCUAUGCCGCUUACUAUGAUGAAAGCUCGAUUAGGUCUUCAAUUGCCUGAGAUAAUUUAGAGUUUAGUUUCUUAAAACAAUUUCACAAAACUGCAGCCUCAUGGAGUACUGUCAAAAGUUAUUUUGGAAACAGGUUUAUCGAAGUGUUUGAAUAAAUUAAUCACAUAUUCAAACUCUGGAAAUAAAAUUAAGCGGGGUCUUUCAGCGGCAUAGACUGUCCUUUGUGUCAUUUAAAAUGGUGAAUAAAAAGAAAAAUUAUAUUUGUUUUAAGUUAUUAGUCGAAGCAAAAUGUUGCCUUUCAACGUAGCAGCAUUUAUGAUGUAAUUUAUCAUGUGCAGACUUUUUUUAUUUGUCACCUAACAUUUUUUUUUCUGUAACACAAAUAAUGAAAUUAUAAAUUACAAUUUUGGGAAGCAUUCUUGUGUAUGUAUGAGUAAUAAUUUCACAACAUAUUGCUGGCAUUUAAUGAUGUUGUUAAAAUCAUAGGAGAGUAAGUUACUUUGACAUUUAUGAUUAACCACCCACACCAAAGACCGCUUAUAAUAGAGAGCAACAUAAAAAAAAAAAAUUUAUUUACAUAUAAAUCAUGGAAGCUUUUUUGCAAAUUAAUCAUAUGAAAAGCAUGCUUUAGAUGGGAGUUGAACGUCUCAUGAAAUAAAGUUUUUGUUAUUAAUCAGAGGUUUUAAUUCAUUAUCUUAUUGAAAUAUCUUAUCUUUUUGAUAUUUUAAUGGAUUCGCUUUGAAUAGGUGAAUAUAUUAACAUUUAUCCACAGAUAAUGUUGGAAGGUUUUUGAAAUGACAUUUACUGAUACUUUUAUUAUAAGGGAUUUUUGUUAUUCUAUUUUCAAUUCAAAGGGAGGUAAUUUAACUAUUAAUUUAUUUGACUUAAAUUUGAUGUUGUUUUUUGUUCUUCUCAGCAUCUGGUAAUUUGGUAAACGUAGUUUGCCUGUUUCCAAAAUUCAAGAUAUAACCAGGCAAACUAGCUUCCUUUAUGAAGCUAGUAUCAUAAAAAUAUUUACCAAUUUGCGAAUCUGCAGUUUAUUAUAAGUUCAGUCCAGGUUUCCUGGGCCCUUAAUUUCUGGAAAAAUCUUAAGGCUAAUAUUCUGAUAGCUUAAGGCUGAGUAUCUGAUAACACAAAUUAUACUAUACAAGUGUGUGCUAAGCUUAAUCCUGUUAAGAGAAUUAAGAUUUUUCAAGAAAUUGGGUUUAAAUAAAAUAUCAGUGCAAUUUUCUUGAUUUUUGAUUUUGUUUUUCCUUCCUAGGAGAUACUGUAGGAUCAAUUUCAUAUACUAGCCUUUUGUCUGUGAUACUAAUUUUUUUGUUGUGUGUUUCUGCAAUAUUUGUCAUGACACCUGAUUUUGAACUUGUUAUUAAAUCUUGUACACAGUA